UGAGAGCUCUGCCUGUUUGGCUCUCUUAAGCAGCAGCGGUUCCGCCCCCUUUCGUAAGGGGAGCAGCCAUCUUCACUGUGUGGCGGAAAUAAAAACACAUUUCCCGCAGCAGCUGGAAGGUUUUCCUCCGCAGCUUUUCAGGUAGAUAUUCACCGAGGACAAGAUUCUAGUCGUUCAGUUACCAUGGCAGCCCUUGGACACCGUGGCACAAUCCGAGAAUUCUCUGGAUUCAACCCCCAGGAAGAUGCUGCCAAACUGAGAAAGGCAAUGAAAGGGCUAGGUACUGAUGAGGAUGCAAUCAUUGAAGUGCUGGCUCGAAGAACGAUAGCCCAGAGGCAGCAGAUCAAACUGGACUACAAGACUGCUUUUGGAAGGGACCUAAUCAGUGACUUGAAAUCUGAAAUAUCUGGCAACUUUGAACAGGUCGUCAUUGGGCUGAUGAUGACUCCUGUCAUGUAUGACGUGCAUGAACUGAAAAAAUCCAUCAAGGGUGCCGGGACUGAUGAAGGUUGUUUAAUUGAAAUUUUGGCUUCACGGGACAAUGAAGAAAUCCAGCAAAUUAUUGCUACUUACCGGAAAGAGUUUGGCAAGAGUCUCGAAGAUGACAUCUGUGGAGACACUUCCCAUAUGUUCCAGAGAGUCCUGGUGUCCCUGGCAACGGGAAACCGAGAUGAAGGAAAUUUGGUGGAUGAUGAGCAAGCCGAAAAGGAUGCCAAGACACUGUACGAAGCUGGUGAGAAACAGUGGGGGACGGAUGAAGUUGCAUUCUUGACCAUUCUCUGUACCAGGAACCCAACCCAUUUGAGAAGAGUAUUUGAGGAGUACAAGGUGAUUUCCAAAAAAGACAUUGAGAGCAGCAUUAAGGGAGAGAUGUCUGGCAGUCUGGAAAAUGCUUUACUGGCAGUUGUUAAGAACAUGAAGAACCAGCCUGCCUACUUUGCAGAGAGACUGUACAAGUCGAUGAAGGGUGCUGGUACAGAUGAUAACACCUUGAUCAGGGUCAUGAUCACGCGCUGUGAAGUGGAUAUGCUGGACAUUAAACAGGAGUUUCAGAGGAUGUAUGGGAAGUCAUUAUAUUCCUUUAUCAAGGGGGAUUGUUCUGGAGAUUACAAGAAGGUUCUGCUCCAACUGUGUGGUGGCGAAUAACGAAAGCAGCAGCUUGGUGUCAUUUCCAAGUGGGAAAAAACUGGAAUUGUGUCAAAUAUUUACAACUGGAUGUGCCCCUCUAUUGUUGCUUGGUAUUAAUCAUUUACAGCCUUACGGUUAUGAUUCUUGUUUCAGUUACCUUGAAGAACACUCAUUCGUUUGUGAUCAAUGUCUGUCUCUUUGUACUUCAGCUAAUUUUCUUUCUCUCAGAGAGGCAAGAGCAAAAUGCUUGAAUCAGCUGCAGAUCCUUGGGGUGGUGCUCGACCCUCACAGUCAAGAACGCUGUUAGGCUCUUGCUCCACAAAGCUGGUGCUGAUUUGAAAUUUGAUACCAGGGACAUGUCACUUGCGUUUUAAAUGGUCUUCAAACGAGAGAGUGGACCCAGGACUCAGCAUUUCAAUUAAUUCAUGCACUCUGCAACAUUAAGAAUAAGAGCAAGAGGUUUAACGAAAAGACAUGGUGAUUUGAAAUUGACCAGUCCGUUCUCACUGGUGGUGGUUCAGGGGUGAGUUAAUCCUAGUCCCAGGGUCUGAGCAUAUACUGCUGCUGCUUUAAUGCUUCCAAUUUGAUGUCAUGUUCAAUGUUUCUUCCCCGCCCUGCUUUUUAUACCCAUAAUGAUUUGGAUAUUUGAUGAGUUUAGUCCUGCUGCUGUUUAAUGAUUGCAGCCCUGUGCCUCCAGUUAACGGUCACAAUUGUGGUCCGCUUGUGCUUUGAUUAUCUGUGUGGGGUCUGUAUUUAUUCUGCAGCACAAACACUCGGCGGACUAAGGGUCUCCCAUUUUCCCAGGAUCAUGUAUUUCUGCUUAGCCAGUCUGAAGUUGGAAAUUCCUUCAACCGAGAACAUCGAGCUGAAGAUUAUUGAAGCAGGGGAUGUAAACAGAUCAUUGUGUGAAUGUGCGAUUUGAAUAAUGAAAGCAUACAGUGCAUGUGUAACAAGAUUGUGGUUUGUUCUGAGCAGAUGGUUAGGAGACAAAUCACUGGUAUUGUCUUGAAUGAGUAGCUAUGCUUGUAUAAUUCAUCAGGGGCUUACUCCACCUGUAAAUAUUUAAACUCUGCAUGGUAGAUUGUGUUCCACUUUGAAGAUGGAACCUGUUGGCAGCCUUUACAGUAAACUACCUGUUGCGAUUCGGAGCUCUGAUCAAUUUAAGUGACACAUUCCAUUAAAAAUAACUAGUGUGCGAAGGCCCAGAUGCUGUGUAAUCCAAUUUCAAUAUAAACAUUUCUAUUAAUGCAACAA